GCUCGGGGCGGUAAAGAGCAGCGGGAUCGAGAAGGAGCAGCACAAAGAAUGCGGAAUUGCGGAAGUAUAACGUGAUUCUGUUGUCGGCACCAACAAUGAAUAUGAAUUCAGCCAGGAGUGAUUAGUUAACUGUCAGCUAGUUUACAUAAAGCUAAGACGCAGAAUUCAGGUUUUUGGACUGGAGAGAGAGUAAAAGAUGUCAGACAGCAGCAGAUCAGUCGGCCUGCUGUCAUAUGAGACACUUGUGCAUGCGGUGGCAGGUGCAAUGGGCAGUGUGACAGCAAUGACAGUGUUCUUCCCUCUGGACACAGCCAGGAUCAGACUCCAGGUGGAUGAGAACCGGAAGUCCCAGUCCACCCCCAUCAUUCUGGCUGAGAUCGCGAAGGAGGAAGGCAUAUUGUCUCUGUAUCGAGGCUGGUUUCCGGUCAUUUCUAGCCUGUGCUGCUCUAACUUUGUCUACUUCUACACAUUCAACACACUGAAGAGAGUGAUGGUCUCGGACCGGUCCAAGCCUGCCACAGAUUUGCUCAUGGGCUUCAUAUCAGGCACUGUUAAUGUGCUCCUGACGACUCCCAUGUGGGUGGUGAACACACGACUGAAGCUUCAGGGGGCAAAGUUCAGGAAUGAAGAGCUGCAUCAGACCCACUAUAAGGGCAUAUUUGAUGCCUUCUCCCAGAUAAUAGCCAAUGAGGGAGUGGGAACGCUGUGGAACGGGACACUGCCGUCUCUUGUGCUGGUGUUCAACCCCGCUGUGCAGUUCAUGUUCUACGAGGCUAUGAAGCGAAGAGCAGGACGUGGAGGCAGGAAGAUAUCAUCACUUGAGAUCUUUCUCAUCGGUGCCAUCGCUAAAGCUAUUGCAACAUCUGCAACGUAUCCUCUGCAAACUGUUCAGGCCAUUCUGAGGUUUGGCCAGUAUAAGUCAGAUGGUAAAGGGGGUCUAGUGGGCAGCCUGAGGAACGUGGUUUCUCUGCUAAUGGACCGGAUCAAGAGACACGGGCUGCUGGGUUUGUAUAAAGGUCUGGAGGCGAAGCUGCUGCAGACUGUGCUGACAGCGGCACUCAUGUUUGUGGUGUAUGAGAAGAUCACUGCUGCCACCUUCAAACUCAUGGGCCUCCAGAGGAAGCUCAAGCACUGAGAUACUGUAGCCUUCAUUUAUGACUACCUCUCUAACACACACACCCUCAGGAGGAGAUUCACACAUCCCAUCAGUCACUGCUCCACUAACAUGGGUUCAUCUGGGUAAGGUUCAGUCCUACCUUAACACAGGUCAGUUUAAAACAAGAAAAAGGGCAUUCAUGUACCUUUAGUUUUUAACAUAUUGCUUUUUUAAAAAAAAAAAGUUUACAUGAUCAAGUUUCUUUUAUCAGAGUCUUAGAGAAAAUGGUUUACUGAUUUUAAAACAACUUGUGCCACAGAAAGUCUUUUAUAACAUCUGAACCAGAAGAAAAUCAUGACAUUGGUUAUGAGUGUUUCUGAAUUUAAAAAUGUAAAUCCUGUCAUUUACUCACUCUGAUGUCAUUCCAAAACAGUAUUGUUAAUGUAAACUAAAACUAUGGACCCUUUUCACAUUUCCGGGGCUCUCAGAAGUGGAGGUCGUCAUAGUUGCACGGGAGAAGACCGCAAAUAUAUUUUUUUUCACAUUUGCUCAAUAGCAAAAGAAAAAAAUCCAUUAUAGCCUGCUUAUGAUUCUCCAGAAGAGUGAAAAAAUAUCCAGAGAUUGAUUACGUUGGUCAGAAGAGACUGAAUUUGCUGUCACUCCCUCAGCCAUUGUAUUAGAAACACCCUCGCAGCAGCGUUAAUUCAUUUUUUGUAAUUAACUGCCAAGGUAAUAUAACACGAAGUAUAGUGUUAUUAAUGUACAGUAUGCAAUUUUUUUUAAAUAUGGAAAACUUUACUAGAUUUGCAAUGUUGAUAACUGGAAAUGCAUCAUCACAGUCUUUGAAAAGGGUCCAUUAAGUUGUUUUUGUUGACGGAAAUAAGGCUGAAAUAAAAUAUAAACAUUAGAUGGAAAAACUUAAAAAGCUACCUCGGCAACUAAUGGAAAUAAAAUAUUUAAGUUGAAGUGCUAAAAUUAAUAAAACUUAGAAAUGAAGCUAAAUAGAAAUAAUAAUUAAAAAAAAAAUAACAACAGCACAUAACUAAAUCUAAAAGUAUAUAAAUAAUACUAAAGUAAUGUUGUUCCAACAUGAAAAAUGUUUCUCAGAAUGUCCAAGCUUUUAUAGAAAAAGCCAGCAUUAACAUGAUGAGCUCUGUAAAAAGACAAUAAAUGCCCCAAGUGUAUGGAAGAGCCUGAAUAUGCAUCAAUACACUUCCCCUCCUCUGCAGUUCUUAAUUGUGGAUUGACAUUAGACCGGUUUAAAUGUGUAGGCAUGAGUGAAAUUUGAGACAGCAACAUUUUAGUCUGUUCAACACACAGAACUGUUUUAUGAGUUCAGAAGACCUUGACUGUAACUUUUAGGGUAUAGUUUUAGUAGAAAAAAGAGCAGCGUGAACAUUCUUCAGAAUAUCUUUAUGUUUCAGAGAAAGAAUAGGAGUUUGUAACUACAUGAGGGUGAGUAAAUGAUGGCAGAAUUUUCAUUUUUGAGUGAAAUGUCUAACAGUAGACAUUUGGUUUUCAUUGGGGAACUGAAAAGUGUAUGAAAGUUUGAAUUAGGGACAUCUGUCAUGUGAAUAGAGAUCAAUUAAUAAUAUAUUUGGCACAAAUGGUAUUGUGCUUUAAUAAAUGCAGUAGAGCCUUAUAAGUGAUGUGCUGCUAUGUCACGUGACAAACCAAGCAAUGUGUCCUCUCUGAUCCGCCAAAUCAAUGUUACUGAUUCUGAAAUAUUCUCAAAGCGUUUUUGUUUACUUUUGUACAAUGAACAAUUUUGGCACCACUUGAUGUCCAAUGUAAAAUCUGGGUCCUGGAGCAAAACCACUUAUCUAGAGGAUGUUUUUCUUUUGUGAUGAUUGGGUUAGCUGAUUUCAUGGCAUUGAUUGACAACUCCCAGUUUUAAUUUGAGAACAAAAAGUUCUUUAUUGGAUUUUUAGUGUAUCCAAUUAUAUCAAAGAACUCUUAAAAUAGAGUUGCACGAUUAAUCGUUAAAAGGUCGCAAUCUUAUUCCUAAAUGAAAAUGAUUCGGCUAUGUCUAUUAAACCUUUGACAAGUACGAUUAGAGCGAACGUUUAGAUCUGCUUUCUGAGCCAGAGAGAGCAGUUGUCAUGUAAAGGUAUGAAACAACUUCACAAACAGUCUUUUCAACCACACAGAAUCAUUAUUUCUGUCUUAAAAUAAUUCAAAUUACCACAGAAGUAAAAGCUAUAGAAAUUUAUAGUUCGAAUAUAAACACUGAUGUCCACGGAAGUGAUCAAAAUAAAGUAAAUCCGCUUUUGAAAGUAACUUGAUGCUUUAAAUAAUGAUUGUAUGAAUUACAUCAUUACACCAGUAGGUGGCGACAAGUGACUGUUAAAUGUAUUUGUCAUUGAAUCGUUCAUUCAAGAGAUUCAUUCAGAAAUGAAACAAGUGAAGUCUUGAUGAGUGAGUCAUUGAAUCAUUCACUCAGAUUUAAAAAGCAAAAAAUUCUAAUUAAGUAUUUUUAAAUAGACUAAUUUAGUAAAUUGUGUUUUGUUUGGUUGUCCAUUUUGAAUUGCGGGAGAAUCGUGCAGCUAUAAAUUUAUCACAAUGUAGCAUUCAUGAAAGGCAUUUAAAAACACACCACUCAGUGGCCACGUACACACUGUAAGUUUCAGGAGUGACAACCGCAUUUAAAUGCGGGAGUGAAUCCCCUAAAUUAUCGUUACAUGUGUGUACAGAAUACGACUCGCUCUCGAAAAUGCGAUGAUUGACAGCUUGGAAACCAUAGCGACGAUCUGGCGUCUCUCGUGUUUGGUAUCAGUUAUCGUGAACAAAGUAAUAUUAAAGUGACAAAACACUCGUUAUUUUCAGCAAUUUAACUAAACACACUAACACAGCCGACGGAGGCGUUGUGUUUUGUUUAUGCUUGUAUAACCUGUUUCACACAGUGCGCGGCACUCAUUCUGUGUUGCCAUGGUCACUCAUUAUAAGCUUUUUGGGCUCGUCUCAUAAAGCAAACGGGUUUAUGGAGUUAUUAAAGUGAGCAGACAUGAAUCGCGAUUUUCAGCAUAAAGCAUUUAGAUAGGCUUGUGCUUUCCCUGUGAUUCGCUGCGCAUACACGAGAGACACACGUUACACCGGUGCACGUAAACGUUGUUAAGUUCGGUUCCGUACACACUGCGUGGAAUUUCUGUAAAUGUGGUUUUCACUACCUGUAUUUUUCGGGAGUUAAUACGGUUGUAGAAUGCGGUUGUCACUCCUGUAUUUUACUGAACUGUGUGUGUACAGAACGCGAUUAAGCACUAAAAGGUGAACUGACAACCGAAUUUAGCUGCAGUGUGUACGUGGCCAGUGUAAACCUGAGCUUGAGGUCAAGGUGAAUUUAUUCACACCAUACUUGCCUUAAAUGUGCAUUUUUGAGAGAAAAGCUUCCAGUUUACAGAAGUCUUACCUGCUGUGUGUCAAUGAAACUAGUAUGUCAUGUGGACCAUAAACAAUAAGAUAUUAAAAACAAAGAGUUUACAUAAUGAUCUUGCAACUAAGACUUUGUACUUAAGUUUCUUUAUUUAAAAAUUUAUAUCACAUAUGUUUUGUAAUUUCAUUUGUAUAACCUCUUAUUUAACUGUACUUGUACUUUUUGGCAUGUUUAAAUGAAUUGCAAACUUUAAGCAAAUGCUAAUAAAAGCUUUUGACGAA